CAUCUUGUAAAGUUGUCAACGUAAACUGAGAAUAGUUAUGCUCGUCUGCAGUGUGAAUUGAAAAGAAUAUAUCUAUUCGAGUUUGGACUAUUUUAACAACCAUUAGUAGUCUUGUAUAUCAUCAUGGAUGAUUUACAAAACUAUAAGCUUCAGCUGCAGCAGGUCGAAGCUGCACUGACUACGGAUCCGAACAACGAAGAGUUGCUGAAAUUGAAAAUUGAUCUUGAAGAAGUAAUUGAGCUAACUCAUGAUUUGGUUAGAUCGCAGCAACAGGAGAAACGCCAAGCUAAUGGCAUGGAUGCAAAAGACCCAAUUCUCCUAGCUGUAUUGGCAAACAAAUGGAAAGUUGGAGAUCAGUGUAUGGCACCUUGGAGCGAAGACGGAAAAUAUUACGAAGCAACAAUAGAUGCCAUUGGGGAAGACGGAGCAGUCAAUGUUACAUUUAAUGAGUACAAAAAUACUGAUAUCACCAUGCUUGGUCAACUCAAAUCUGUAGCUAAAAGGCCGGCAUCGGAUUGGGCAGAUCAAAAGUCAAAGAAGAUGCAAGCUGCAGCAGUGGCUGGCUCCGAUCCUAACAAACAACGGGAAUAUUUAAAAAAGAAAAAACAAAAGAAGCUACAGAGGUUUAAGGAGCUCGAGGAAGAACGUGAGUCAGAGAAGAAUAAGUGGCUGGCAUUCUCAACUAAGACGACCAAAAAAGGCGUUGUUAAGAAGAGUAUAUUUGCGACACCUGAAAACGUAAAUGGCAGAGUGGGUAUUGGAACCUGCGGUGUAAGCGGUAAAGAAAUGACCAAGUUUAGUAAUGGCGAGAAGUGGCGACGAGGCACAUAAAAAUAACCCUGUGAAUAUACACACAUAUAUCUUGAAAGUUUUACGUUGGUAACUAAUAAUAAUUAAGGGUAAUCCAGUAAAGUUAUACGUUCUUGUAAAAAAAAAAAAACACACAUUUCACAGAAUCAACUGCAGAGUUUCAAAUAGUACUAUUUGAUUUAUCUCUUCGGAAUUGAACUCUCGUCACGAACGAAACAGAAGGAGGAAUUCUACGAUUUUCCCGAUUGUGUGAAUGUUAACAAGUUUCCUAUUCUUUCUUUUCGAAACACUAGAAUGACCCUUCCCAAUGAGUAUGUGUAAGUCUUUUUUUUGCCUAUUUAUCCGAAUUUCCGGAACAUCUGAAUCUGUUUGAACACGUAUCAUUGAUCAUCUUGUACAUACAUAUGGAUAGAUACAACGUAGGUACUAGGAAACACUACCAUAAACUUGAUCAUUUUUCUCUCAACGUAGCAUUUCUUUCACAUGGAUGUAGGUAUGCUGAGAUAUUUUGACUGGUUGAUCCAUGAUUUUCCGUCGAAAGAAAUUCUAAAGUUCAUUAUUGAACGCAAGCGCGUAUUUCUUGAAGAAUCGCGAGUAUCAUCGUUACAUAAAUUUCGACUUAUAUUAUUUCAAACACUCAUUAACGUUGAACCGAUUGAUAAUCAUCAUUGAACCGUUACUCAAUUAGUAUCAACUCACCAAAAGGUGUUGCGCUUAUUGUUAGAUUUUCGGUUUCUACGUCUUGUCUACUAUAAUUUUAUAGAACUGCGUGGAGCCACGAAUGAAUGGAAUUGAAUGCUUGUGGUUUGUAAUUCGAACUAGUUUAUAUAAUUUGAAUAAUAAUUGAACAUGAUAUAAAUAAAUGUAUAUUUUAAGGCCGA